GACACAUGUAUACUUGACUGUCUUCAGUCAGAACCACCCGAGCCCUUUAACUCAGGGUACGGUAACGUGUCCCAGACUCACCCAACCGCACACUCAAGGCAUUGUCUCCAGGCGGUGGUCCUCGAUCAGAACUACUACUGUGCAUGUCAAUCUGAUUCCACGUGGAUAUCAAUUCUCGAUACAUACUGACAUCAAAUUAAUAAUUGUGUUUCGGUUCGUUGUUUCGCCAGUUUGGUGAAGGAUUGUCUGUAUAGAUUGAGAGUCUUGCAAUAGAAGAAGCUGCUGUAGAGAUGAUGGAGUGAGAAUGUGCUGACAGAAGAGUGAAAACUUUAUCCAUGACAUUGUUUGACAGAUUUAAAAUUUCUCGACCAUGUUCGUGACAGUCAAAUUCGGAGACGAACAGAGUCGUCUCUUCAAUGCCAACUGCAGAAACGAUGUUCUUCUACAGCACAUCAAGAAACGCUGUGAUUGCCAUAGAGAGGACGAUGUGGAGCUCUCCGAUGAGAAGGGCGUGGUCAAACACCUGCGGGAAUUCCCCUAUGACUAUGGGAUCGAUCAUCUGAAGGAACGGGAGACCCUCAUUCUUCUGAAAGUCGACGGUAGCUCCUUUGGGGACGAGAACGAGUCCACGAUGGGGGACAGGCUUACCUUUAUCCCUCUCCUGACCGGCAUGGAAGGAAACCAGGAAUUUAUGGAACUCAUCAAUCCCCGCCCCCAAUCAAGGCAGUCAAGGAAGGGCUCAGGGCGUGAGGAUGAGCGGCGCGGGAAACCCAAGGCUGCAAAACCUGCCCCCACCUCCAAACGACAAUCAUCGAAAUCAGGCGGGAAAAAGUCCUGACGGGCGGCUGUCCGCGGUGUGUUCAUUGUUUACUGUACAUGGUUAAAUGUGUGUUAUCUCUGUUCAAAUGUAUAAAAUGUAAUUUGCAUA